UCCUACUCUCUCUCCUCUCUGUUGUGACUACUAUAUAUCAUUACGAGCACAGAAGCCUCUGAGAUUGAUCUUCUUCCAAAAAUGGCGUUUAUGAGACUUGGCUCCAAAUCCGAAGCUUUCCAUCGCGAAGGCCAAACCUGGCUUUGCACUACAGGACUCGUGAGUGAUGUUACCAUUGAAGUUGGAGACAUGAAGUUUCACCUUCACAAGUUCCCAUUGCUCUCUAGAAGUGGGCUUCUCGAGAGACUAAUCGAAGAGUCAUCAAACGACGACGGACCAGCCUGUGUCUUAACUCUAGACGAGAUACCAGGAGGCGGCAAAACGUUCGAGCUCAUUACAAAAUUCUGCUACGGCGUCAAAAUCGAGCUCACAGCACUCAACGUCGUCGCCCUCAGAUGCGCAGCCGAGUAUCUCGACAUGACCGAUAGCUACGGAGAAAGGAACCUCGUCGGUACGACAGAAACUUUCCUCAACGAAGUGUUUAGCAACUGGACCGACUCCAUCAAAGCUCUCCAGACGUGCGAGGAAGUCACCGAUCACGCCGAAGAUCUCAACAUCAUCUCCAGGUGCGUUGAUUCUUUAGCUAGCAAGGCCUGUGCUGACCCGAGCCUUUUAGGAAAGAAGAAGAACGAAGACGAAACGCAUCUUUGGAACGGUAUCUCAAUGCUGCAACCGAACGGUGAAGACUGGUGGUUCGAUGAUGCUUCUCUCCUCAUCUUGCCUCUCUUCAAAAGACUCAUCACCGCCAUCGAAUCGCGAGGGAUGAAGCCCGAGAACAUCGCCAUGGCGGUUAUGUACUACACAAGGAAACAUAUCCCUCUGAUGAACAGAGAUGAAGAGCAAGCGACGAGUCCUUCAGAAGCCGAACAGAAGACCACUCUCGAAGAGAUAGUCGAGUUGCUUCCUAGCAAGAAAGGCGUAAACCCGACAAAGUUUCUCCUCAGGCUGCUCCAGACCGCAAUGGUGCUUCACGCAAGCCAAUCCUCGAGAGAAGAUCUCGAGACGAGGAUCGGUAACCAGCUCGACCAAGCUGCUCUAGUGGAUCUUCUCAUACCGAACAUGGGAUACUCUGAAACGCUUUACGACGUGGAAUGCGUUUUGAGAAUGAUCGAACAGUUUGUCUCUUCGACAGAACAAGCAGGCAUUGUCCCUUCUCCUUCCAUCACUGAAGGUGAUUUGGGGAAGGAUGGAGACGAUUUGCUAACUCCUACAACGUUGGUAGCAACUCUUGUCGACGGUUAUCUCGCUGAGGUGGCACCUGACGUGAAUCUAAAGCUAACAAAGUUCGAAGCUAUCGCUGCUGCGAUACCUGAUUACGCAAGACCACUUGAUGAUGGAGUUUACCACGCAAUAGACGUCUACUUGAAGGCGCAUGCAUGGAUUACGGAUUCAGAAAGAGAGCAGAUAUGCAGACUCAUGAACUGCCAGAAGCUCUCACUUGAAGCUAGCACGCACGCGGCUCAGAACGAGAGGCUGCCUCUUCGUGUGAUAGUUCAGGUUCUGUUUUUCGAGCAGCUUAGGCUCAGGACAUCUAUAUCGGGUUGGUUCUUUGUCUCUGAGAAUCUAGACAACCCUGAGCUGCUCUAUCAAAGUGGGGGCAACGGUGGUUUGUUAAAACCAAGAGGUGAGAACGUGAGAGAAAAGGUUUGUGAGCUGGAGAAAGAGUGCAUGAACAUGAAAGAAGAGCUUCAGAAGCUGGUGAGGUCGAAGAGAAGCUGGAAGAAUUUUACGAGGAAGCUUAACUUCAAGAAGAAAUCAGAAUGCUUCAACCCUAAGGAUCAAGCUAAGCCAGCGGUUUAGCAAACAACUGGCUCAGCUAGAUCCAUCGAUCAAACUACUCUGUUUUGAAACAGAGUAUCUCUGUUUUUAUUCACUUAGGUAGGAAGUUCGAAACAGAGUAGCUCUGUUUUUCAAAAUCUUUCAUCUUUCUCUCAGUAUCUCGCUGAGAGAUUUGAUUGGUUUUAGAUUCCUAUUGAAGAUCUUUGUUGGAAAACAUUUAGUUACAUUUCUUAUGCAAAUUUUGUGGUGGUGUUGA